CCCAACUCCAUGAAGAAGGCAAGAAAUUACACAAAUGAACCCUGACAAGGAACACCUGUGAAGUGAAAACUAUUUCAGCAAUGUGUGCAGAGGCCUCGGCAGUGCUGGAGGUGAGAGGCCAUGUUGGAGGAGAGGUCUCUGUCCACUGCUCUGGCAGCUGGACCACCGACAAUGACUCCGAACACUUCAACAUGUACUUCUGCAAAGGAGACUGCUCCAGGGAAAACACCCUCGUUCAGGCUGAGAGGAAGGCCUCAGCCAUCACAAGACAAGGGAGAUACAGCAUGGAGGUCAGCAGAGGAGAUGGAGCCUUCAAUGUGACCAUAAAGAGGCUGAGGAGGGCGGACGCAGGGAGAUAUCACUGUGGUGUGGGCAAAGGCUUCAAUCUGUUGUACCAGGAGGUCAUUCUCAUAGUGCUAAACGCAUCCACUGUUCCUCCUGGAUCUCCUCCCUCCACCACCGCCACCAUCACCACCCUGCGGACUGAAGCAGAAUCUCUGCCCCAGAGCAGCUUUCAACCCAGAACUGAACCGUCCCCAGCAGCAUUAACCCUGCCUGCUGCACAGGAGAAGACGAACCAGCGAGCAGCAACCAAACUCAAAGACACCACGGUGGUCAUCAUUGUCUCGGUGAGCCUGGCUCUGCUGGUUUGUGCGAUUAUACCUCUGAUAUUCUACAGACACUUCCGGAGUAACCCUGAACAUCAGAACCAUCUUGAAGCAAACAAGGGCGCGGCUGAUUGCUCUGAGGGAAAUGCAGAUGUUGCCUCCACUCAGGCUGCAGUAGGCCUGCAGUCUUUACAGCCAGAUGUUGAUCCAGAGUCCGGUGCUCAGGAUGACACCCAGUAUGCUAACACCUACCAGGCACUCGAUCACAAGAGUCUGGACUGAACAGGGUUUCUUCUGUUUCUGAGCUGAAAUCUGACCUCAACCUCAUCACUGUAUUGACUUUAUGAUUUUUUUUGUUUUUUUCCGGCUCAAAUAUAUACUAUUCCUUUACAAUUUGUAUGUUUGUAAGAGACUAAAUGGAAGAAUGGGAAUGAGAGCAGUGAGAUUUUAGCAUGU